CGGCAUUCGCUGUGAAACAGUUAAAUUGUGACUUGUACAAAUUGGGAAAGCCUAAAUAAAUACAUAUUUAUAGCAGCUACAUAUUAAAGUGGAGUAAGGCAAAAAAAAAGAGCGAAAUAGUAAAGUGACUGCAUGCACAAGUGUUCUAUAAACUUGCAUAAAUAAAUAGCUAAUUAAAAAUCAUCACACACAACACUUAAAAUUGGAUGUCUGCUCAGUUAAAUUGCAACUAAACAUAUUAAAAAAAAAAAUGUUUUCGAAGUUAUUGCAAUUGUCUGUCUGUACGUUGUUAGUGUGCACCUUGCUGGUGGUAAGCAUGCCAACUGAAACGGAAAGCCGGCGUGUCAUCUUCUAUGCGCCACAACGCAUACAAAUUUUCACGUCACAGAUUUUAUCGGCGCGAGCGAAAGAAAAACCCUGUGCGAAGUGUCAUAUGCGAGAUCAUCGCGGGAUUUGUCGACGUCUGCUGUCAUUCAAUAGUAAUGGCAUUAAAUGUUAAAUUAUUGCUGCGGUAAUUUCGCUGCGUCAAUGGAAUCUCCUUUCCUGUUCUUGUGAAAAAAGCGAACAGGGGUCGGUGCUUGCGUGUUUGUCUGACAUAAUCAAACACUGAUUAUAUUUACAUAUAAGCUGUACUAAUUUAUUCUAGAUUUAAAUGAAUAUGUAAAAUAUUUG